AUUAGUUGACAAGGGCGGAAACGCGGCGCGGUGGCUGCUGGGUAAAUUUACCUUCAUCCAGGAAGAAGCAACGGAGCCAGUCCGGUGAAGACCUGCUGUCUGCUCGGUACCGGAGAGAUAACGGACAAAUCACUGCUUGACCAGGUAUGGCAGAGUUGGUGAGUCUGGUGCAGCGGCUGGAGGUGGCGGUGGGCCGUCUGGAGUCCAUGUCGGGUCCUGGAGGCAGCGCUGGAGGUUCUGCUGGAGGAGCGGUGUGUGCGUACGUGGAGGCCUUCGAUGAGAUCGUCGGCGGUCCGGUGGCUCAGUACCUCAGCCUCAGCCAGCAGAUCGGAGGAGACGUCCAGAAACAUGCAGAAAUGGUGAAGCAGGGAUUCAGCAGCCAGAGACAACUUCUGAUCACAGCCUCGACCUCCCAGAAGCCCUCUGAUACCGUGAUGACGUCCCUCCUCCAGCCGGUGUCCAAAGCCAUCCAGCAGGUCCAGAGCUUCCGUGAGCAGAACCGCAGCUCGCCGCUGUUCAACCACCUGUCGGCCGUCAGCGAGAGCGUCCCCGCCCUGGGCUGGGUCGCCAUGGCUCCUAAACCGUGUCCCUACGUUAAAGAGAUGCAGGACGCCGCCAUGUUCUACACCAACAGAGUGCUGAAGGACUACAAGGAGAAGGAUAAGAAGCAUGUGGACUGGGUGAAGGCCUACAUCAACAUCUGGACCGAGCUGCAGAACUACAUCAAGCAGCACCACACCACCGGGCUGACCUGGAGCAAGAGCGGUCCCGUUGCUUCGGCCUCUGCAGCUCCUCCCAGCGCUCCGGCUGGUGGAUGUCCUCCUCCUCCUCCUCCUGGACCUCCUCCUCCUCCCAUGGACCUCAGCGGACCGAGCGGCGGCGGCGACUCGACGGCCGACAAACGCAACGAACUGUUCGCCUCCAUCAACAAAGGAUCGGACAUCACCAAGGGUCUGAAGCACGUCAGCGACGACCAGAAGACCCACAAGAACCCCAACCUGAGGACUCAGGGCGCCCCGGUUCGUACGGGACCCAAACCCUUCAGCUCCCCCAGCGCCCGGCCCGCUGCAGCCGCCCCCCCCACCCGAACCCUGCCCCCGGUCCUGGAGCUGGACGGCAAGAAGUGGAAAGUGGAGAACCAGGAGGGAGUUCAGGACCUGGUGAUCCAGAACACGGAGCUCAAGCAGGUGGUUUACGCCUUCAAGUGUAACAAGAGCACCCUGCAGGUGAAAGGAAAGAUCAACUCCAUCACUGUGGACAACUGUAAGAAGAUGGGUCUGGUGUUUGACGACGUGGUGGGAAUCGUAGAGAUCAUCAACUGUAAGGACGUCAAGGUUCAGGUGAUGGGGAAGGUUCCAACCAUCUCCAUCAACAAGACGGACGGUUGCCACGUCUACCUGAGCAGCGACUCGCUGAGCUGUGAGAUCAUCAGCGCCAAGAGCUCCGAGAUGAACGUCCUGGUCCCCAACAAAGACGGAGAGUUUACGGAGAUCCCGGUUCCUGAGCAGUUCAAGACCGUCUGGGAUGGAAAGAAGCUCGUUACCACAGCAACAGAGAUCGCCGGGUAGACGGGGGCGACGAGUUAAGAUGGCCGCCCCUCCUCACCACCCCCCGCCCCUCCCACCAGCUAACUCACUGUAGACUGAGACCUCAUCAGCUCUGUCUCCUCCCCUUCCUCCCUGUCAGCCAAUCACAGCGUCAGCUGUCCCUCCCGUCAGCCAAUGAGAGGACUGCUCGCUUUAUCUGGAGCAGAUCCUCCAGCCAAUCAGCAGGGAGCAGCUUUGUCAUUCUAAUUGGUUCCCCCUGUGAGCACUUUUCCAAAACAUUCAUGAGUUUUGCCAACAGCCGGGACGCUCCGUGUUUGUAUCUCUGGAUAAUGCUAAGCUAAAUUUAGCCGGUAGGUUAGCCAACAACACGAGCUCUGCAGCCAAUCAGGCUCCUCGUCUUCAGGAUGCUUCUGGUUUCUCCUCUUCCUGGUCAGGAGGCUUUGCUGCCGAUCGCUCCGUUAAUCCACUGAAGCAACAACGUUCCUGUUCCUGAAGAUCAGACGGCCUGAUGGCGGCCUCCACGUCAGCUCCAAACACGUCAGCGUUCAUCGAGGAUAAAUAAAGAUAAAUAAUAAAUAGGAGUAAAACCAGUGGCCAUGCAGCUCAUCUAGAUGAUGUUGAACACUUUAAACUCCAUCUGCUUCCCUUAAAGCGCACAUUCCCGAGUGUUAAACAUUCCAUGGAUGGUGGUGGUUCCAUCUGAACGAUCAUCUGUAGAGAACCAGGAAACGUCUGCUGAUCAGCUCUCUGCUCACUUUUCUUUUAUACGGUCUCUUUCUUUUACCUUUUCUUAUUUUAUUUUUUGGGUCCAAAAUCAGAAAUGUGCUCAUUAGUACUGGAGACAUCAAUAAAAUGUUGCAAUAAAAUCUGA